ACAGUUUGGAUAAAACGUCCUUAGACACAAUUCAAAACUACUAUGAAACCCAUUAGUGUUAUCUGCCUCCUAUUUGCACUGUUCGGCGGGGCUUUGGGCGCAUUGAAUCCUGUUUGCUUGUUGCAACCUUUUGUGGAUGGGAACUGUAAGGGAGCAUUUCCGAGAUGGAGCUUCAUUGGUGAGGAGUGCGGCUCUUUCUUGUAUGGAGGCUGUGGGGGUAAUGCCAAUAAUUUUAAAUCAGAGACAGCGUGUAAAUUGAAUUGUAACAACGAUUUUUAAAAGGAGGGGUAUAAAUUGUACCAAACACCUCAAUAAAAACUUAUGGAUUUAAAACUA